GGUUUUAUUGCGAGUUAUAGACCUGCCUUCCUCAUGACUUGGUAGUAGCAGCAUCGUGCAUCUCACAACAUCACCGUGUCGCCGCCUCACAAGCCUGCAGCACCGCAUUGUCAGAAGCACUGUCGCUCACACGGCUAGGUCACGUCGCCACACUUGCAUCGUUCGAUAGGUAGAACUGGUGUACUGCUGUUGACUCUUGACAGCAGUGGCCGUGUGCUCGCUGGAGUUCGCAGACCAGGUUUGUUUACUGUACAUGUACGAAAACGUCGCAUCUCCCUCUAUGUGCCAUCUACCUUUGUGUGAAGUCUAUUUAAGGCCAUGUCGAGCCACAAGGCCAUCAAGGCCAUUUCAUUACGCUAAAGCCCUAGCUUCAGAGGAUACCCGCCAUCACCGAGAGCUUUACUGCGGACUGCGUCCUCCGCCACGCCCAAUCAAUGUCUGAGGAAACACGAUCCAAAGUCAUCUCUUACUCUCCUUCAAACCGUAUGGUACGUCACGCCCAAUCAAUGUCGUCGGAGGAGACACGGCCUAAAACCUUACCUGACCUUCCGAACCGCCUUCCACAUCACACCCCACCCAUAUCUGGGACAAGAGGACUCUCAGCCAUUGCUGACUUUCAACCAAACCGCUCCCCAUACCACACCCAAUCAACGUCUUCAGUGGCUACAAAUCCAACAGCCAUGGCUGUGUAUUCGCCUUCGAUUCACCUCCCACGUCACAUCAAAACGUCUUCAGAGGAAACACUACCCAAAGCCGUUUCCAAGUGUCCUCCAAACCUCUUUCCACAUCACACUCAAUCACCGUGGGAAGAGACAUGCCCAAAAGAUAUAUCUAUGUUGCCUAUAACCAAUAACUCGAUGUCUUCAGACACACGCCCACUAUCCGUGGCCGCGAGUCCUCCCCCACGCCACGCUACAGCUACGCCGACAGAAGGACGCCCAACCGUCACUGACAUCCCAGCCAAGGGACGUGGACGACUCACCCGCGCUGAGUCCAUACAACUAGGUGACCAUAACGAUAUAUACAAGAUUGCUCAGAUGACAGACUUUAAGGAUGCCAAUAUCAACAAAGUCGAAAUAAACAAUCAUUAUUAUCAAGCUUACCGCAGUAAAAGCGAUGGCAUCUAUAAAUAUGUGAAUACAGAAUCGGACUCCAGGAUUGAAGUGACCAACAGAUAUGGUACUGCAACUGACUGUGAUGAUGAUGAUGGUGAUGGUGGUGGUGGUGGUGGUGGUGGUGAUGGUUCUGCUGCUGAUGCUGGUUCAUACAGAGGGAGACUGGGAAGGAGAGGGUGUGCGGAAGACCUGGAACACGACAGCUACGGGCCGAUGAAGAAGCACAAGGCAGACCCGACGGAAACAUCCCUCUUCACAACAUCUGAUCGUUGGCAGAAGGGUCCCGAGAGAAACAUUAGGAUGGGGUCCUCAACGUUCUGGGCUGACGGGACCGGUCAGUUUGGUUCUGUCAACGAUGACUUUAUGCAUUCCCAGUGUCAACGAUCACGUGAUGGCUUCCUGCUACAAAGUAGCUAUGAGAAACGUGAGAUGACGUCAACAUCAGAUGGUGGUACCGUCACUCUGCAGAAAUGUUCCGAGUCGAUCGUUUGCAUAACAGACAGCGUGAAGAUAUUCGACAGUGAUGGCGAGAUGGUGCGGGAGGGGGAUGUGCUGUACAUAGAGUGCAAGGGAGGGUAUUACGGCGUGUAUGUUGGUCAUGGCGCGGUGACGUUCGUUGAAGCAGAUGGCAGGGUCACCACCAAGAGAUUGGAUGGAAAUUUGACGUCACCAAUAGCAACAGAGGGGCUUGAUGGAGUUGCAGGCUAUCAUCGGCUGAAGCCACUCCAACGGUCGGAGACAUCGCGGCGAGCAAAGGAGUUGAUUGGUCACUAUUACCAAGGAAGUGGUGAAGACUUCGUUUGGUUCUGUCGUUAUAACGUCCCACUCGUUCCCAGGUAAACUGAGGUCGACGACGUUGACGAACACCUGUACAUAUAAGAACUACUUAUGUUAAUUCUAUAACAGUAAAACACCGCAUGUUACCUUAUGUUUUUUAAAUGUCUAACAAGAUGACUUGCCAACCCGACACCGUAUUGGAUGGAUUUCUGAAUGGACGGUUGUUGUGUCGUCUUUCGUUUACGUGUAUGUAAAUAAACCUGUUUGUUAACCCCUUUUCAUACGCGUUUGGUAUCAUAUUGGAAAUAAACAGUAGCAUACCGUUCUGGCGCAAAGACGUUUGUCAAAAACAUCUUUUUUUGGCGAUGACUCCUGAGAUCCAUGCACUCUCUUGUCCAACUCGUGAAGUGGUUCCAUGAAGCCGAAGCGACUAAAAUGUGGAUCGUGUGGUCACAAUGGCUGUUGCUGAGUGGUUAUGGCCUGGUUGGCAACCAGGGAGGAUGUUCACGUGAUCUAGUACUUACGUUCCAUGCUGACCAAAGUUCUUCACCUGUAUAUUCGGCCUGACUAUACACAGACGUUGUGUUUUAUUUGUUUAACUGCCACAUUGUUUGGCAGCAAUAAUGCAAUCUGUGCUUCCAUCCGCCCGCCCUUACGGCCCAAGCCUCCUGGAUGAUGACACACCUCCAUGAAAUAUAUAUAUCAAAUAUGUAAAUGAAUAAUGAACUAAGGAAACCCAGAGAUUAAAGGAUAUUUAUUUAAAAUCUUGGACAGCAUCAUCGACUCUAACAAACAAGUGCUUUUAUUACAAAAUGUUUAAAUCAGAAAUAAUUAUGGAAGAUUAUUUAUCAAAAGUUAAUGUUAAAAAUUUCUAACGGCUCUUUCACGUUUUAGAUGUUAUUUUCACGACCUUUUAACAGAAACAGGGCGCUAUGUAAACAUUCCUCGUGAAGAAGGAAUCUGUAAUCUAUGUAGUUUAAACUAAGUAGAAGAUGAAUUUCAUUUCUUACUAGUAUGUCCAGUGUAUUUACACCUUAGAGAAAAAUACCUGCAAGCUUAUUAUUACAGGUACCCUAAUAUUAUUAAAUUUGUUACACUGCUGUCAAACACAGAAAGAAGUAUCUUACAAAAUGUUUCCAUGUACUUAUAUUAUGCCUCUUUAUACCAACAGAACCUUAUGAAAGAAUAAUCUUAUCUGCUUGGUAUUAGGAAACUAUUGUGUAUAUACAUUAAGUACAUAUUUAUAGAUAUUUGCCUUAUGAAUAAACUACAAACAAAAGAGUUAGAAAUGGUAUUAAACUACUAGGCUGUCAUAUGAUAUUGUGGGACGUGAUAUUACAAAUGGUUUAGUAUAGUUAUAUGUAUAUGAAAUGAUAUGAUGUGACAUGACAUGAUGUGAUAUGAUAUGAUAAGUGUUGUGGUGUGAUAUGAUACAUGAGGGGAUAUGAUGCAAUAUGUGAUGUGUAUUAUAGAAAUUGUGUAAAUACUGUUCUUUUAGUGUACAUAUUUUAUGGCUUGCGGUCUUCCAGUGUUGAAUAAAUAUUGAUUGAUUUAUAUGAAAUAAAUUGGCAUGGAAUGACAUGGCAUUAUAUGGUAUGAUAUGAUAAGAUAUGAUGGGACAAGCUAUGAAAUUGCUAAUGUGUUGUGUGAUAUGACAUGUUGAAAUGUGAUAUAAUAUAGGUGCUAUAUAUGGUACGAUGGUAUGUAUGGUAUGUUAUGAUAUGAUAAUGGUAUAUGAAAUAAUACUAUAUAGUAUGAUCUUAUAAUAAUGAUACAAUAUGAUAUGGUGUUAUAGAACAUGUUGUAUGAUAUAACAAGUUGUGAUAUGGUAAAAUAGAAAUUAUGAAAUUACAGGGUAUGGUAUUGUUCUGUAUGUGUGAAAUUAUGUGACUGCGUUGAGAUGCGAGGUGGAAUGACGUGAGGUGAUUUGGUGAGAUAUGUACAUAAAUUGUAUAAAAUUGUAUAUUCUUCAAAUUGUACUAUAGGCCUGUGGCCUCUUCAGUAUGUGAAAUAAAGAUUGAACUAAGGAAAAUAACCAAAUUCUUCCAAAACAUAAAUAUACAAACACAAUCAGACAAAAUGUCCUACAGUAGUGAAUUGUGAAAAAACAAUCUUUACAGCGGCACACAAUAUGCCUUACUUUCCUCAUCUCAAUAAAUGUCUUCUAAAAGCUAAACUGAUUUCAUCGUAAACGGCCACUCACCAAGCCACCUGACGCUACUAUAGUGACUGAAGCGUUUCUAAAAUAGUUACCAAGCGUCCUCCGAAUAUGCUUACUGAAAGACCAAUCAGGAACAAAGAAACCAUUGGAGACCACGUGAGCCUAAAUGUGAGCUCUACGGUCAUUCCAAAAUGAGGGUCCUCACCUCGUCACACCAGCUGUCCAACGCUUUGUCGUUGACGUAGUUCCGAACGACUACAACCCGAUGGUCUAAUAGCGCCUCACCCGAUCCAACGCACUUGCCAUCUUCCCCGGGCAAGGGAGUUAACUGACUAUAAAAGUCCAGUUUCCCCCUGCCGAACUCGGCUGCAAUUAUGGCUGGACUAACGAGUCUAUGCAUCGUCCAAUCAAAAUCGCGUAAUGAAAUAGACAUCCGGUUCGUAAACAAAAUGAAUUUCAACGUUCAGACUUCGGUCGACUGCAGGAUUUGCAAAGCAUGUAUACCGCCAACUGGGCGUCGACAGAUAUUUUUUCAAAUUCUUUCAUGCUUUUUAAUCAAGGUGGUCACGUGAUUUGAUGCACUUCGCGGGAUAAGACCCGUUUUAUUACAAUAUAGAUUUUGAUUUUCGAGCAAACCAAACAGAAUACGCGGAUGACUUCAAGUACUUUGGUCAAUAAUAUUUUGGUCAGGUAUAAUGACAUUGUUUCAAGUUAACAACAGACAACCUCUCCACCAUCACUGGCCUAACCCAUUCUUGACCAACUCGUGUUAUUCAGGGACAAGUCGAAUAGUGGUGAUGUUGGUGCUGGUGGUGCUGGAGGUAAUAGUAUAUUUAGUCCUAUUUCUUGUAGAGUUACAUCCCUUAGAAGAACCAGGAUUCACGAGCUAGAAUCACCAACUGCCACAAUCAUUAUCCUUGGGGUGUCAGCAAC